GUGGAACACUUCUGAGGUCACAGAUUAACUUCCGUGUCACACAGCUAACAUGGCGGAUAAAGAGAAGAAGAAAAAGGAGAGCAUCUUCGACUUGUCAAAAUACAUCGACAAGCCGAUUCGUGUGAAGUUUCAAGGAGGACGAGAGGCCAGCGGUGUCCUAAAAGGCUUUGAUCCUCUGCUGAACCUGGUGCUGGACGGCACAAUCGAGUAUAUGCGUGAUCCUGAUGACCAGCUGAAGCUGACAGAAGACACCAGGCAGCUGGGGCUGGUGGUCUGCAGAGGAACCUCCGUAGUGCUGAUCUGUCCUCAGGACGGCAUGGAGGCCAUACCAAACCCGUUCAUACAGCAGCAGGACGGCUAACACACACACACACACAUGUACACACACACAACCAUGCACAUUCUUGAGUAUUUUGUGAGGUUUUUGUUGUUUUAAUUUGUUUUAAUCAUAACUGUAAUAAUACAUACAACAAAGCAGUUUUCUGUUGUUAAAAAUCAUAAGUUGAUCAGCAAAUGGACACUUGGCAGCACUUCACUUUUGUUUCUGUGGUGUGCAAAUUUGCAAAUAUUUGAGUUGUAAAGAGCCCACAAGUUUGGGAAGUGUUAACAGUACUGUUUUCUUUUUAUCCAGAAUAAGUAAACUUUUUACUAUUCUUUGUUGUUUUUGAUAAGAAAAUAAAAUGAAAAUGUAUGUUG